CCUUGGUUCAAGAUAGCAUAGCAGGCCUGUGGAAGUCCAGUCAGGCACCCAUACAGCUCCACAGCUAUGAUACAUGCAGUUGAAGGUGUCAAUAUCCACCGUGCAUCUGUGCCAACCAAAUCAAUCCAGAUUUCCUGAGGUCCCGAUUGGGCUUGGCGACUCUAUCCUUUCGCAGUCGUCUACGCACGAGACUUGUCUGGAAAUCUACUUGGGUAUGAUGCUGUGCAUCACUCCUCAUCAUUCAUUCCGGUGAUAAACUGUUUCGCCGGAGCACGACGUAUUCCAUAGCCCAUAGCCAGCAAAUACUGUAGGUAGCGUCUUCUAGCUAGAGCUCUAGAGAUGUCGCUGGUGAGCUUUUGGGAUAAUGGAUGAGGGUACAGCGUACUGUACCGGUACCGGUACGGGGCUUUUUGGGUCAUCCUCAUUUUUCCCAUGACCCCGUGAAACACCCAACGCCAAAUUUGGGCCCUCCAGCUGUCUCCAAAUUUCUAUUUUCCUCCCACAACUCGUCAACACGAGCCUCACAGUCUGACCUUCCAGCUAGCUCAAAGAUAUUGCUAUAAAAAGAUGGCAAGGAACCACGCUCGAAAGCGCCUUCGAGCCGCGGCAGCCCAAUCCAGAGAGAAUCCGUCUUUGUUGUUCACGGCAAAGAUGGCGCUUCGAAUUUUGGCCGUUCUGUUGCCGUCCUUGACCAUAAUGAGGUUGGCGCAAAGAGGGUCCUUUGAAGCCACCAGUACCAAUGAGCUCAUGGCCAUGAUCCAAAGUACCAUGCCACAGUCGUUCGAGCUUUCAUUUCCAGGCGGCGCAAACAGCUCGGCUUCCACUACUAAUCUGCUGCGAACAGGAGACAACAAUGACAACAACAAUAACAAGCCACAGUACAAGUAUCGCAAAUACGUGGAACUGCAGGAUGAAGUGGAAAAGGCAUCCAAGAAACAUCCCAUGCCAGAUGGUCAAAGACAAGAGAAUAGCUGGAGCGCCUUUCAUCGGGCAACACUAGUGGAACGGGCGCCAUGGUUGCCACGUCGAAAGAAGUGCAAAGAGACAUGCUGUGUGGAAACAGUGGCAAUUUCACUGGACCAGGAUGACCAUCAACUCAUCAAUACUCGAGAUGGUAUUGAAUUGUCUGACCUGGUGCUCCCACAUGGCAGAAUUCAAGCCGACAAAAUGCAGCCAGACCACUUGUACUACUUUGCCAGAACUCUAGACAAGGCCAUGUUGCCCUGCAUUGUACCGGGAACCAUUAUUGGUAUCGAAAAUCACAACGAUCUCACGGUUGGAUUCUUUCAUGAAUACCGGCCAAACAUCAAGGUGCCCUACAUUAUUUCCACCACUGGCUCUGAUGGAGACGCUCCGAACGUGUAUGAGGAGUACAUCAAAGAUCCACUCUUGAUCAAGUGGUAUGGAACCAAUCCAAUCUACAGGACCCACACCGACUUUCGGGAGAAUGUUCACAAAUUUGAACCGCUCAACCUGGGACUAUCCUUCCAACACCCCCAUGAACGCAAUCUACUUCCCUACCUGAAGUUGAACCACUUUAUCAACCCAUUCCUGGACAAAUCCAAAUGGGACCUUUCCAAGAACAAACUGGAUUUCAAUAAGGAUGUCUUUGUUCAUUUUGGUGUUCGCACUUUACCUCGCAAGGAUUUGUGGAAGGUAUUAUGCCCCACCUUUGCUACAGACAAAAUUUCGUGCAAUCAGGAAACUGAAAAAAUCAAAACUCAUGACAUUUACAAGGAAAUGAGCCAAUUUCGCUUUGGUGUUAGUCCUCCAGGAAUGGGGUUUGACUGCUACAGAACCUAUGAGAUGUUUUUGCUGGGUGUCAUCCCAGUUGUGGAGGACCAGGAUAUCCUAAGUCACCGUCUCUUUGAGGGCAUGCCAGUUGUAUUCGUGCACAACUUGGCAAGCGUCACCAGUCGGCAGGAAAUUUUGGAUGCCAUUGAGAGCUACAUUGCAAGUCCCCAAUUCCAGAAUGCCACCUUUGAGGAAGGAUGGGGUCGUCUUUUCCUCAAACACAAGCGCCAGCAAAUGCUCAAGGAUGCCAACAGAGUCAGGGAAAUAGUGGAAGAUGAACAGGGCAGGAAGUACUACCAAGCAUACCGCUACUCUGUUGUUGGAGCAUCUGACAACUCUGUUGACGAGGCAAAACUCAAAGCACUGAGAGCCCCGUGGUUUGAUGACCCUCAACCAAAAUUUGAACCAGGCGAGGAAGGUUGGAUAGAAGAUUGGAAGGACAAAGCAGUGUUCAAGAAUUAUGGAUAGAGGAGGUUGGUUGCCAGAGUGAAGAACGACUGAGCAAUAUCCCCAACGAAAUAUUCCAGCAAUUUUCCACGUCACUGAUCGCUCUCCUGUCCGAGCAGUGUUCUCUAAAGUCCCUGUUUGUUGUUCUGUGCAACAUACAUAGCAUCGAACACAAGCUCCCCGAAACAGAAAACCAUUGGAUCAUCACAACGAUGAGCCAUGAGUCCCUACUACUGGUAUCGAAUGAAUGAAUCAAAUCACUCUUCGACUUUCCGGAACCUUCCUUGAACCCACACUCUCCGACGAACCUCGUUGGUCGAUCGAUUCUGAUACACUCGUCGCAAGUACUUUAGUUCCAAGAUCGCAAGACCUGCUUGAGUCUCAAACAAGUCUCGCACGUCUUCUAAUGUAAAAUAGUAGCAUUUUGUACCAUCGUGUUUCCGAUAGAAAUUC